CCAUUCAAACCUUAGGUCCUACUACUUGACAGUUUGUUACAACUCUCCUCUUUCUUCUCUCUCUCUCUCUCUCUCUCUCUAAAUAAUACAUGUAUAAAAAAUAUUUCCAUAUGUAACACAACAAUUCAUUUGAAAUCUAGCAGCAAGGAUGACGAAUGGGUUUGAGAGUUUGAUCCAGACGAUCAAAUCAAAGGUGAAGGCGUUGAAGAAGAAGAAACCGAAGAAGGUGUACAUGAAGAUGGAUAAAACCAACAGUGUUAGGGUCGAGAUCCGCAGUCGUCAAGCUCGGAAACUUAUUGAUAAAACUCUACAGGCUGCUGAUCGUCCUGGCAAGCGUCCCAUUCCUUGAUUUAACAACUCUUUUUUUUUUUUUAAUUUAUGGUUUAAAGUUUUCUUUUUCUUGUUUGUAUAAUUUGGUAAUCCAAUAUUGGUUUGUGAUGAGGUAAUCUAGACGUCUUAAGUUUCUUCUAAUUAAUUUCUUUGUCUGUUAGUAAAUGCUACUGUUUUAUUUUUUUUUCUCUCUCUCUCACAUAUACUUUUUGAAAUGUGAUAUUGCUAGAAAUGUUGAAUAAA